GUAGAUCUGCCAAAAUGCCAACGGAGCCAAAUGAAAACUUCACCACCACCAGGUCGAACCUGACGACCCCGAUCCUCGGGUGCCCCCCCGUCGGGAUCCAGCUGGAGGGUGUGAUUCUGCCCCCGGUGCUCACCAUCGAUGUCAUACUGGGGCUUGUGGGAAACUUAGUGGCCCUGUGGAUCUUCUGCUUCAAACUGAAGGCCUGGAAUCCCAACACCCUGUUCCUCUUCAACCUGGUCAUCGCCGACUUCCUGGUCCUGGCGAGCGUGCCGCUGAGGAUCGAUGCCUUGCUCAGGGGCCACUGGGUGUUUGGGGACGUCAUGUGCCGGGUCAACCUCUUCCUGAUGUUCUCCAACCGCUCGGCCAGCAUCGCACUCAUGACGGUGGUGGCGAUUUACCGCUACUUUAAGGUGGUCCACCCCCACCACCGGUUCAACCGCAUGACGAAGCUCCAGGCGCUGUGGGUGUCGGUGCUGGUCUGGCUGCUGGUGAUUGGUCCUCGGGUCCCCAUGCUGGCGUACAACCACAUCAAGGGCAGCGGCAGCAGAACCCAGUGCUUCUUCUUCACGUCUUACAAAGAGGCGUCGCGCGCCAUCAUCGUCCUGGUCGCCAUGCACCGCAUCCUGACGGUGCUGGAGUUCAUCAUCCCCAUGGCGAUGCUGCUGUUCUGCUCCAUCCGCAUCGCCGGCUUCCUGAAGGGCCGGCAGAUGGGGAAGGCCAACAAGGUGCGCAAGGCGAUGCGGGUGUGCGUGGCCAUCGUGGCGGUGUUCAUGGUAUGCUUCCUGCCCACCACGGUGACCACCAUCGGGGUGUGGGUCAUCCGCUCGUACCGGCCGCGGGACUGCGCCUCCUUCUACACCUUCACCCAGCUCAACAUCGUGUCCCUGGGGCUGAACUUCCUGAACUCGGCCCUGGACCCCGUGGUCUACGUCUUCUCCAGCUCCAUGUUCAGGAAGGCCCUGAUCGGCUCGCUGCCCCGCGCCCUGCGCUGCACCAAGGACCCAGAGGACAGCGGGGGGGACGUGCCGUCCUCGGGGACGCAGUCCACCACCCAGCAGGAGCUCAAGCCCAUGAGGAAGGACAGAGGUAGCGAAGCCAUGUGAAGAACUUUCCCUCCUGGAUGGAGACGGAGGAGACGCAGGAGACGCAGGAGGAGGAGACAA